AUAUACAAAGAUAAAGUUAACAUUAACUAAAAUUUGCAAAACCCAGAACCCUUCUUUCUUAAUUCAAUUUUACCUUUUUACCCAAAUGAAGAAAAUCCAUAUAAAAACAGAAUAAAACCAUUUUUUCCAAAAUAACAAACAUUUUGUGUUACAUUGUGUUCCAAAAAAAAAAAAAAAGAAAAAACGUUAGCCCUACGUUUUUACUGUUUCGAAGAAAUCGAGGUAGCGAAAUCCACUGUCGAACCUGAAAAAAUCUUUAUCCUUUUUUUUGUUUAUAUAGUAUUUAUAUAAAUAGAGACACUGUAAAACGUUGUAUCUUCUCUCUCUCUCUCUCUCUCUGCAAAACGGGUUCUGAGUAAACCUGCACGUGGAGGAACUAUUGAAGAAGAAAACAUAACGAGAUCUGACCCAUUUUUCAAUCUCACUUUGUUUUAUAACUCUGAAUUGGAUUUGGAGACCCUUUUUCAAAAGGGGUCUUCUUCUUUACAAAUCUUCUUAGCUCUAUACACUGGUAUUUGGAUUUUGUAGUUGGAGUUAUGGCGGUUGAGAUUGUAGGUUUCGAGAUGGUUCAAGGACCAACGGAGAAUGGUGUUGAAGGAGGAAAACCUGUUGCACUUGAAAAUGAGAAUGGAAAGGUGGAGAAAGACCUUGGAGCUGGUGAGACCAUCAAAUUUGGCUCACAUGGAGAUGAAUCUGCGAAAGGGGAAGUCAACGAUGUUGCUGAUUCCAAUACCCCUAAUAAUGCUGCUGAAGAAUGGCCUGCUCCUAAGCAGAUUCAUUCGUUUUGGUUUGUCAGGUUCAGGCCUUAUGAUGAUCCAGCCAUUAAAGCUAAGAUUGAUGUGCUUGAUAAAGAGAUCAGCAAGAAAAAUGAAGCUCGGUUUAAGAUCACUGAAGCGCUGAAGGCAAAGCGGUCGGAACGAUCAGAGUUGAUUUCUCAGGUUAAGGUUCUAAGAGGUGACCACAAGCAAUAUCAGAAUAUCUUUGAUGAGAAAAUGAAAGAGAUUGAGCCUCUGCAGCAGGCACUGGGAAAACUGCGUAAUACGAAUAAUGCCGGUCGCGGCGGUUUAUGCUCAUCUGAGGAGGAACUUAAUGAUGUGAUAUAUAGCUUGCAAUACCGCAUUCAGCAUGAGAGCAUUCCAUUGACGGAGGAAAAGCAAAUCCUCCGAGAAAUCAAACAGCUUGAGGGGACAAGGGACAAAGUUAUUGCUAAUGCUGCAAUGAGGACCAAGUUACAGGAUACUAUGGGGCAGAAAAAUGACAUCCAAGACCAAGUUAAGCUUAUAGGUGGGGAUUUGGAUGGAGUGAAGAAGGAAAGACAGGCGCUUCGGUCCAAAAUCAAGCAAAUUGAUGAUGCUAUAGAAGCCAUAAACACUGAUAUCCAGACUCUCCAGGAAGAACUGACAACUGUUACUCAGAAGAGGGAACAAGCUUUUGAGAGCAUUCAGAAGCUGAGGAAACAGCGUGAUGAAGGGAAUUCUCAUUUCUACCAAAGUCGUGCACUUCUGACUAAGGCACGUGAACUGGCUGCUAAGAAAGAUGUUAAUGCUCUUGAUGAACUUAACCAGACAGAGGAGAAUAAAUUCAAGUCACUUUGGAACGGUGGCAAAGCAUUUAGGGAUGAUUAUGAGAAAAGAAUUUUGUCAUCAUUGGAUAUGCGUCAAAUGAGCAGGGAUGGGCGCAUUAGGAACCCAGAUGAAAAACCACUGCUGGCAGAACCGAAACCUGCUGAAUCCGAGGCAUUACCAAAAGCCAUCGCAAAACAGCCAAAGGAGGAGCCUAAGGCUUCUCCAGUGGAAACUUUGUCUACUCAGAAAGAAACCAAAACUAAAGGGAGGGAUUUGAAAACUAAGUCCGAUAAUAAGGAUUUAGCAGCAACUGAUGAUGAUUAUGAAUUUGAAAAUCCUCAUAAGGAUAUCUCUGCUGUGAAAGAGCCUGAAAUCGAUCCAGCAAAGCUGAAAGAGAUUAAAAGAGAAGAGGAAAUCGCGAAAGCAAAACUGGCUGCGGAAAGGAAGAAGAAGUUGGCAGAGAAAGCUGCAGCCAAAGCAGCUCUCAAAGCACAAAAGGAAGCUGAGAAGAAACUUAAGGACCGUGAGAAGAAAGCAAAGAAGAAGUCAGGAGCUGUUAACACUCCCCAGGAGGAACAGGAAGCUGCAGAAGCCGAGGCAACCGAACCAGAAAAAGUUAAUGAUGUUGUUGAGGCCCCGGCUCCAGUGAAGGAAAAGGUCACAAGGGAGAGCAGUGUCAGGUCCCGAAUCCGAGGAAAGGUUCCAGAGCCAAUUCCAAAAGCAAUUCUGAAGCGGAAAAAGUCCAACAAUUACUGGAUAUGGAUCGCUGUUGCUGCGUUGUUAGUCCUGCUGCUGUUGGCGCUUGGAUACACCUAUCUUCUCUAGAGAAGAUGUUUAGUUCUAGAAGGAGCUGUGAAACCAAUUUUCCUGGUGGGUGGCUAUGUUUGUGAGGUAGCUUAAGUUAUUUCUGUUCUUAUACAUCCUCUUAGGGGAAUUGUUUUGACGGAAAACAUAUAUACUUUGUUGUGCUUUUGCUCCUGUCUUGGAGAAAAAGCUAUAUACAUUAGUUUGGGUACUUAAUUUUCAAAUUUUGUUCAGAUUUCAUGUUA